AUGGACAUUAAUUUUGUUUUCAGCGCCGAUGGCAACUACGAGGUGACCAUUAUGACCAAGGCAAUUUUGCACCAUACGGGGAAGGUCGUGUGGAAACCGCCAGCGAUCUAUAAAUCAUUUUGCGAGAUCAACGUGGAGUACUUCCCCUUUGACGAGCAGACUUGUUUCAUGAAAUUUGGUUCGUGGACUUACGACGGGUACACGGUGAGUAAUAUUAAAAUUUAACCAACGAUCCACGUUCGUUUCAUCCUCGAUUAAUCAUCGUACGAGUAUUUGACCGAAAGACGUGGUAUUAUAAUUUUAAAAUAUAUGCAUCUGCGAGUUUUUAAUCGUAGGAUUAAAUUGUUUAGAUUUAG